AUGGGUGUUACACUCAUAGAAUUUCCACUACUCAACUUUCUGCGACUUGAAAGAAGACAGACUGGCUGGCAGCAGCUGGCUGAAACAAAGAACUCGCUAAUACGUCGUCCCAUUCCACCUACAUCCUCGUCUAGCCUUCUUCCAUCCGCUCAGCUGCCCAGUUCCCAUAAUCCACCACCAGUUAGCUGCCAGAUGCCCUUGCUAGACAGCAAUACUUCCCAUCAAAUCAUGGAUACCAACCCUGAUGAGGAGUUCUCCCCAAAUUCAUAUCUGCUAAGAGCAUGCUCAGGGCCACAGCAGACUUCCAGCAGUGGCCCUUCAAAUCAUCACAGCCAGUCGACUCUGAGACCGCCUCUUCCACCACCACAUAAUCACACUCUGUCCCAUCAUCACUCCUCCGCCAACUCUCUCAACAGGAACUCCCUAACGAAUCGGCGGAAUCAGAUCCAUGCACCAGCUCCAGCACCGAAUGAUCUGGCCACCACUCCUGAAUCUGUUCAGUUACAAGACAGCUGGGUGCUUAAUAGCAAUGUGCCCCUUGAGACCAGGCAUUUUUUGUUCAAAACAUCUUCUGGUACAACUCCUCUAUUCAGCAGUUCUUCCCCUGGAUAUCCUUUGACCUCAGGAACAGUAUACACACCACCUCCCAGACUGCUACCUAGAAAUACUUUCUCCAGAAAUGCAUUCAAGCUAAAAAAGCCCUCCAAGUACUGUAGCUGGAAAUGUGCUGCUUUAUCAGCUAUCGCUGCUGCAGUCCUACUUGCCAUUCUGCUGGCCUAUUUCAUAGUGAAAUCAAAUUUGUGA